AACCAAACUCGAUUACUAGUGUUUUGCUUUGGUUUUGCUGCUCAGUGCUGUUUUGGAGUGAGAGGCAAUUGUUAUUGCGAGCUAAAUUCGAGGAAAAUUGUAACACUGGGAAAAGAUAAUUGGCAUCCGUCGUCUCCUCCACCACGCACCCCAAUUCUGUAAUUAAUGGAGCUUUGCAUGUCUUCUGUUCCAACUUGAUUUGCUUUCCACACUGAUAAAAGAAAAAACGCAAUCGCGCCACAACGCUGUGACCUUCGCAGGAGCACCAGCACCUUUUUUUCAUUGUCAGUGUCAAGCGGGAAAAAAUCAAUGGAGGACCUGACGCCACUGACGAACCUUCAACAGUUUUGAGUUCCAAGAUUAUUAUUUGCCCAAAAGCCGAGUACCAACACGACUACAACAAAUCAAUAUACUUAUAGUACAAACAACCACAAUCUCACAUUGGGAUCCAUCUAAUUUGCGAUAUUCUCUUUUCCCGACGGUGCGCCGCGCAAGAAAAAGAUGACGGAACGCCAGCCGCUGCUCCUGCAGAGCGACGCCUCCGACUACGAGGGCAGCCGAGGAUCGGCGGCUCGACCCGUGCGCAGCUCUCCGCCGGACAACACGCUGGUCAAUGUGCACAGCGAGGACAGUUUAGCAGUGCACGCAGCAGCCUCGGGAUCUGGAGAUGAGGAGCACGGCGCGACGGACAAGUCCAGCUACAACCCCACCCACCAUCGCACCCUGGAGCACCCGACGUCCAACUUCGACACCCUGAUCCAUCUGCUGAAGGGCAACAUUGGCACGGGCAUUCUGGCCAUGCCGGAUGCCUUCAAGAACGCCGGCCUCUAUGUGGGUCUCUUCGGCACCCUGAUCAUGGGCGCCAUCUGCACCCACUGCAUGCACAUGCUGGUCAAGUGCUCCCACGAGCUGUGCCAGCGGUUCCAGCAGCCGGCCUUGAACUUCUCGGAGGUGGCGUAUUGCAGUUUUGAGUCGGGACCGCUGGGGCUGCGCAGAUACUCGACUCUGGCCAGACGGAUCAUCACCACGUUCCUGUUCAUCACCCAAAUCGGCUUCUGCUGCGUCUACUUUCUGUUUGUGGCGCUGAACGUGAAGGACGUGAUGGAUCACUACUACAAGAUGCCCGUGCAGAUCUAUCUGCUCAUAAUGCUGGGCCCCAUGAUCCUGUUGAAUCUGGUGCGGAACCUCAAGUACCUGACGCCCGUUUCGCUAAUCGCCGCUCUUCUCACGGUGGCCGGUCUGGCCAUUAGCUUCUCGUACAUGCUGCAGGAUCUGCCGGAUGUGCACACGGUCAAACCGGUGGCCACCUGGGCCACGUUGCCGCUCUACUUCGGCACCGCCAUCUAUGCGUUCGAGGGGAUUGGCGUGGUCCUGCCCCUGGAGAAUAAUAUGCGCACUCCCGAGGACUUUGGCGGCACCACGGGUGUCCUCAACACGGGCAUGGUGAUCGUGGCCUGCCUGUACACGGCUGUCGGGUUUUUUGGCUACCUGAAGUACGGCGAACAUGUGGAGGGCAGCAUAACCCUAAAUCUGCCGCAGGGCGAAACACUUUCCCAGUUGGUGCGCAUUUCCAUGGCGGUGGCCAUAUUCCUCUCGUACACUCUGCAGUUCUAUGUGCCCGUAAACAUUGUGGAGCCCUUUGUGAGGAGUCACUUUGACACCACCCAAGCCAAGGAUCUGUCAGCCACUGUCCUGCGAGUCGUUCUAGUCACAUUUACCUUUCUUCUGGCCACCUGCAUUCCCAAUCUGGGCUCCAUUAUCUCGCUGGUGGGAGCUGUGAGCAGUUCAGCUUUGGCUCUCAUUGCCCCGCCAAUCAUUGAAAUUAUUACCUUCUAUAACGUUGGCUACGGCCGCUACAACUGGAUGCUGUGCAAGGACUUUCUCAUUCUGAUCUUCGGACUCUGUGGCUUUGUCUUUGGCACCUGGGCCAGUUUGGCUCAAAUCCUUAACGACAGGACCCACUAGAAAUGAUGUGGGCAAAAACGAACACAAAAACAAAAACAGGAGAUUUGGCUAGUUCUGCCUACAAAAUGUGUGCGAAUUUAUGACGAAGGCUUUAUGUAGUAGCAGUCAGACUACGAAUAUGUUUACCAUUAGUUGUUUCCCCUCUUCAAAACUGGUAUCGGUCCAGUGGCGGUGCUCUAGUGUCUUUAAUUUAUUAUUAUCGCGAUUUAUUUGCAUUUUUUGUUGCUUUAUCAAUUUAGCUGCAAUCGUACCAGAGACAAUAACUAGCAUUUUAAGUAGAAAGUUUUACAAUUCAAUGUAUGUUUGUUCAGUUCGUUAGUUGGGAGAAUAAUUCUGUGUUAACUCGAGGACCGCACAAUGCCAAAAGUGAUUUUACGUAGUAUUCUUAAAUAAAUUAUUAUUUAGCUUUUACUAUGUAGUCUAGGUCGGGGCAGACAGAACAUUCCAAAGCAGCUGCCGAGAAUUUCCCCAAAAAAAAACCGAAGUUAGCUAAAGUUAUCUGCAUACUUUUAUCGUUCUUAUAUUUGUAAUUAUUGUAGUAUAUGUACUCAGCCCACAAAAUGAUCUUUUAAAGUACAUCAAUUUGGUGUAUCGACAAAUGUUCUUUAAUGGUUAAACGGAUAACAAAAGACAAUAAUUAAUAUAAUGUUUAUAAAAUAA